AUGGAAGCUAAGGAAAUAUUUACCAAAAUCCAGAAGGAGCUCCUGUGUCCCAUCUGUAAGGAUUAUUUCAAGGACCCCAUCACCAUUGACUGUAGCCACUGUUUUUGCCAACAUUGUCUCCUCAGUCACUGGAAGGAAGCCUCUACUCCCUUCUCUUGCCCUGUAUGCCAACAAGUCUCCCAGAACAGAGACUUUCCAGUCAAUGCCCAUCUGAGUAAACUAGCUAAGGAGUUCAGACACUGCCACCUACAGAACCCUGAAAAACAAGACAACUGUGAGGGAAAUCAGGAAUCCAAGAAUCUGGUCUGUAAGGAAGAACAGAUUCCACUAUCCAUAUCUGAGAUGGGUUCUGAGACAGAGGAGCAGAGGACUCGCUCAUCUUCUGGGUUAGAAGAGACAGAGAAAGCCUGCAGGAGGCAUAUUAGUGACUGGGAAGAGAUGAUCAGAUUUGAAUAUAAGAGAAUGCACAGAUAUUUGCAAGAGGAAGAGCAAGGACACCUAGAGGAGCUGGAAAAGGACAAAAUCCAGAGUUACCAAAAUGUCAGAAAGGCCAUGAUCCAAAUGGCUGAACAGAGUGAAAGGCUAAAGGCUGUGAUCACAGAACCGAAGGAAACGUGCCAGAAACCAGAUGCUGAGCUAAAGCAGGAUGUGAAAGACAUUUUGAGCAGGAGCGUAUCACUGCUGCUCCACAGGCCUGAGCCUGUUGGGGUCAUCCCGCAGCUGCGGCAGUGUAGCAUGACUGGGAUGAGGGAAAUACUGCACAAAUUCCAAGUGGACAUCACACUGGAUGCUGAAACAGCCAAUCCAUAUCUCGUCAUCUCCAACGAUCGGAAGAGUGUGACCAAUGGAGGUAUCUUGUGGAGAUUGCCCAACAGUGCUGAGAGAUUUUCUUUCAAUGCAGUAAUGGCUGUUCAGGCCUUCAGAGCAGGCAGAUGCUAUUGGGAGGUGAAGGUACAAGGACAGUCUGAGUGGGCUGUAGGUGUCUGUAAGCAAUCCCUGAACAGGAGGAAUAAUAGCCACUACUCCCCUCAAGACAUAUUCCUGCUCAGCUGCUCUCAGGAAGCAAAUGCUUCUCAUGUUUUGAUCUGCUUCCCAUUUUCAGUGCAGCAAGUGAAGAUGCCCGUGCACCAGCUGGGAGUGUUUUUGGACUGUGGUUCUCAAACGCUCCUGUUCUAUGAUGUUCUCAAAGGCACUAUCCUAUUUUCUUCCCCUUCUCUACACUUUUCAGAGCCUCUCAGGCCCAUUUUUUUUGCUUGGUUACCCAGUGCAAGGGACAAAGGAACAAUCCAUGACCAUUUGUCCUCUGAACACUAA